CAAUCCUGACCUGCUUGGAUAAAUGGUCAGCCAUCUUGAGAAACGUCAGUUGAAUUCUGUGCGGGUAAUAUAUCGCUUUGAAUCAAGAAGAGAAUUUGGCAAUAGCACAGUCCAUGAGCGUUGCUUGAUCCAAAAGAGUGCUUUAUAUCGUUGUGAAACUUGCCAACAUUACACGAGAUCAUCAUCCUCAAAGGGUAAUGAUGUCUGAGCUCGUGGACACAUUGGGGAACUGCUCUCCCAGCAGGCCAAUGAACCACACGAACAGCAUCAGGGAAAAUGAUGAAGGCGGAUGGAAAGCAAAGCUUGACAUUCCUCCCAAGGAUCUAAGGAAAAGAACAUCUGAUGUCACAGAUACUAAAGGCAACGAGUUUGAAGAUUUCUGUUUGAAACGAGAGCUGCUCAUGGGCAUCUUUGAGAAGGGAUGGGAGAAGCCAUCCCCCAUUCAGGAGGCGAGUAUUCCAAUCGCCCUGCUGGGCAGGGACAUCCUUGCACGAGCCAAGAAUGGCACAGGAAAGACUGGAGCCUACAUCAUUCCAAUCCUGCAAAGAAUUGAUGUUACCAAGGAUCAUAUACAGGCUAUGGUGAUAGUGCCAACAAGGGAGCUGGCUCUUCAGACCAGUCAGAUCUGCAUUGAACUCUCCAAACACUUGAAAGCCAGGGUCAUGGUCACAACAGGGGGCACAAAUCUGAAGGAUGACAUCAUGCGCAUUUAUGAGAAUGUACACGUGGUAAUUGCCACACCAGGCCGGAUCCUUGAUCUCAUGGAGAAGAAUGUAGCACAAAUGGACAAAUGUGGAAUGCUAGUCCUUGAUGAGGCAGACAAGCUGCUGUCUCAGGACUUCAAGGGACUGCUUGACAAAGUGAUUGGGUACCUGCCUCGUGAUCGACAGAUUCUGCUGUAUUCUGCCACGUUUCCUCUCACUGUGGAACAAUUCAUGAAGAAGCACCUGCAUACACCAUAUGAGAUCAACCUUAUGGAUGAGCUGACACUAAAGGGUGUCACUCAGUACUACGCCUUUGUGCAGGAACGCCAGAAAGUCCACUGUCUCAACACCCUGUUCUCUAAGCUGCAGAUCAACCAGUCAAUAAUCUUCUGUAACUCAACACAACGGGUGGAGCUGCUAGCCAAGAAGAUAACUGAGCUUGGCUACUCGUGUUACUACAUUCAUGCCAAGAUGUCGCAGCAGCAUCGCAACAGAGUGUUUCAUGACUUCCGGGGUGGACUGUGCAGGAAUCUGGUGUGCUCUGACCUGUUCACACGUGGUAUUGAUAUCCAAGCAGUGAAUGUGGUGAUCAAUUUUGACUUCCCCAAAAUGGCCGAGACUUACUUGCACCGCAUUGGCCGUUCUGGUCGCUUUGGGCACUUGGGCAUUGCCAUCAAUCUGAUCACAUACGAUGAUCGCUUCUCUCUGCACCGCAUUGAGCAAGAACUUGGUACAGAAAUCAAGCCCAUUCCCAAGGUCAUCGACAAGAACCUCUAUGUGGCAGAUUGCCAGCUGGAGGAUGCAGUGUCAGAGGCCAGAAAGUAGAAGGCACAGCCAGAAACCUCAGGGUUCGUGUACAUUGGACUGAUGAACUCUAGGUCUCCUUCCAUCUUGUACAGGAAAAGUAUAUGUGCUCGAGUGAUUGUGUGUGUGCGUGAGACAGAACAGUGUGCAAAUGCGGACGAGUAUUUAUUGAAGUGCUCACCUGCCAUAAUUUAUUUUAUAAAUGUGGGCUAGAAGUCCAGCCCAACGUUCGGUUAUUUUUCGUGAUGAGACUCCAGCCCUGACAUUUCAAGUGCCCUGCAAAUGUGCUACUGUGCUCGUGAACUAGUGCGCUGUACAGAGAAGUCUCGCGCAGCUCUUUGCUCCACCGUGCCAGGUCGUCUGACAAAAAAAAAUGAGUGAGAUACAGUUCCAACGAGAGUUUCGAUUCAAGUGCUUGCGAGCUUCGUCGCCCAAACGAGACUCUUGAACCUUUGUGCAUGUGAACAUACGGCCAUGCAGUGGGCGGUGGGUCUCUCACAUGUUAGAGGAUCACAUCAUUGUCAUUAUGGUGGUGACCAGUUUGCCACAAGACUGAGUGGGGUGGGUGCCCCCCCUUUUUUUUUCUUCCAAUGCUGAUUGUGUCUGCGAGACUUAUGGUAUAUGAAGUCACAGCACCCAUCCCAUUUGUUUCUUCUGGAGGAAAGCUGCUCCGACACAUUACCGUUUUGAGGACUUUUUGUUUUUGUCCGUACGACUGAAAGGACGUAAAAGAUGCCAAUAAGGCUUUUCUUAAUGUGAGGUAGAUGAGAAACCAGGCCUCUUUUUUUCCUUUAUUUCUUUUUUGCGGGAGACCUGGGGAUUAAAGAGCAGCUUUCCUUCUCCCCCUUUACCCCUAUCCCCAAGCUUUUUGAAGGGACUUUUUUAUGCCCCUUUUUUUCUGCCACUUAUUUGAGUUCCCUUUUUGUAGGGUGUUUUCCCCACCCAUGACCCCUGGGGAAACUUUCCUGAAAAGGUUCUCUGUUAGCCUGUAAAAAACGAGGCGAGAAAGAGAACUUGUGGCUCGAUGAGGGGGAUUGGCUCAGUUGUAUUAUAUUGACCCUGAAAGUACAGUGUUUUGCAGCUCACCUUUUCUGUUAGGAGACAGUAACUCCCUGUGCAAGUAUGUGGGAGUGGACACUAUGGAGUGCACAAGCUGUGAGUGAGUGACUGCGUGACGAGUGCACUCUUGUUCUUUACGAGCUGUGAGCUAAUGCGGCAAGACCUUCCUUUUUUUUUUUUUUUUUUUGCCAAUAUGACUUUGUUUGCUGUAUCCCAUAGGUGAUUUAAAGGCAAGCCCCCUCAUCAGGCAAUUUCUCACUGUACGCAUUAGUGUGUACCCUUGCAGCAGGACGCGCUUGUUCAAAUGCCGCUAGGAAAAAGGGGAUAUUUUUCAGAGAUGUGUCCCCAUUUUUGUUAGAUGGGUUCUCAAAAAUAAUAACUCUGGUUUCUUGGCCUUCCAGAGUUGCCCAUGGUUUGAACAAGUGCUUUCCUGGCUGACCUAAUUUGAUUAGGAUGACAAGGCCAAGCCAAAUUUGAUAUCCCUUUCUCUGUGGUGGGGAGCAGUUGACAGGACAGCAAGGUUGACGGAAUAUUUGAAGAUAUUUUUUUUCCCCACCACUGAUACGAGGAUGCAAAAGAUUGCUCAUAAGAUUGGCAUGUACCCUGAUUGGCUCGAAAGAAUGAGGCAGAAAGCAAUCAGAAUGGAACUACUAGUACCUGCCCAAUAAAGAAUUUAUAAUUUUUAA